AUGGAGAAGAGGCUCAGAGGAUGUCACGGCUGCGGAGUCUCACUGAGGAGGAACCUGCCUCUGAUCACUACGAUCGGAGCUGUCUUCCUGGGGAUUGGGUUUGGAGUCCUGGUGAGGGAGUACGCUUCCCUCUCCCAGCUCCAGAAGCACUACUUCGGCUUCCCAGGAGAAAUGCUGAUGAGGAUGCUCAACCUGGUCGUCCUCCCCCUAAUCAUUUCCAGCAUCAUAUCAGGGGCGGCAGCUUUGAAUUUGGAGGCGUCUGGCAGCAUUGGAUUACGGGUUGUAAUAUACUACCUGUCAACAACUGUCAUUGCUGUCUCCCUGGGAAUCACCAUGGUGAUGGCCGUGAGGCCCGGGUUUGCGCUGAGCGCUGACGACGCCGGCGGGAUUGGACCUGAGCCGGAGGUCACCGCUGCGACGGACACCAUGCUGGACCUUCUCAGGAAUAUGUUCCCUGAAAAUCUCCUUCGGGCUUGCCUUCAACAGUACAAGACCCAUCGGAAAGAGACGGAGCCGCCACAGGCGCCCCAUGGGAACAGCUCGCCCACACCUGCGUCCGUCGCCAUAGCGACGCGCUCCCCACAGAACAUCAGUAAGGACUACUCUGUGGUCGGACAGUACUAUGACGGGAUGAACGUUCUGGGCCUCAUCGUCUUCUGCCUGGUGUUUGGGCUGGUCGUCGGGCGAAUGGGGGAGAGGGGGCGCGUCCUCGUUGACUUCUUCGACGCUUUGAACGAGGCCACCAUGAAAAUAGUCCAGAUCAUUAUGUGUUACAUGCCUAUCGGGAUACUCUUCCUAAUCGCUGUCAAGAUUGUUGAGGUGGAAGACUGGGACACAUUCCGGAAAGUGGGGCUGUUCGUGGUGACUGUGCUGAGUGGACUGACCAUCCAUUCCACCAUCAUACUCCCAGUCCUGUACUUUGCCUUUGUGAGGAGAAACCCCUACAGGUUUGCCUGGGGGAUGGCUGAGGCACUGGUUACUGCCCUCAUGACAUCCAGCUCCGCCACGCUCCCCGUGACCCUCCAGUGCGCGGAGGAGAACAACAGGGUGGACAAGAGGAUCACGCGCUUCAUGCUGCCGGUGGGGGCCACCAUCAACAUGGACGGCACGGCUCUCUACGAGGCGGUGGCGGCCAUUUUCAUCGCUCAGCUCAGCAGCCACGCGCUCGACGUGGGACAGAUCCUCACCAUCAGCAUCACGGCCACGUUGGCUAGCGUUGGGGCGGCAGGCAUCCCCUCUGCUGGAGCAGUGACCACGCUCAUGGUGCUGUCCGCUCUGCGCCUACCGAUGCAUGAUGUCACGCUCCUGAUCGCAGUCGACUGGCUGCUGGAUCGGUUCCGCACCCUGGUGAAUGUGCUGGGGGAUGCUUUUGGCUCCGGGAUCGUCCAGAAGCUCUCCGAGGGGGAGCUGGUGAGGACGGUCACGCUGCGGGGACUCGGCGCCGCCAGUCCGUUUGAGCUCGACAUGACCGCGGGCUCGGGGGAACCAGAAGAAACGUCCUACAUCAACAGCAGCUUCACUGACGAUAAAAAUGACCCCGUCUUCUACAGCUCUCAGUGCUAG